AUGGAGACAAGACGUCGAAAUUCGGCUCCUGCAUCACUGGAACAUGCAAUAGUAGAUGUUGCUCCGCUUGAACAAAAUAUGAAUCAGAGUGAUACUUCAGCUGGAUCAGGGCCAUCAUCUCGUUCGGAACAAGUCAUGAACAGUGAAACUUCCUCAAGAUCUGAUUCAUUAUAUAGUUCAGAAAAUAUCAACAUGAUUAAGUGGCCUCCUAUUGUUGAUCUCCUUUCUGAAAGGAGAGAUAAGCACUGGUUAUUGUUGGCCAUUCGAAAGGCUGCUCUAGAAGGAAAUGUGGCUGAGGAUAUAAUUGGUUUGAUGAGACAUAAUCGUAAGUUAUUAGGUGCCGCUAUCACAGAGGAACAUGAAACAGUUUUCCAUAUAGCAGCAGGGGCAAAACAAACUCAGUUUGUAGAGGAGGCGAUUAAAUUGAUUGAAGAGGAACAAAUGGACUACCUCAAGUUCCAAAACAAAAAAUGCAACACUGCCUUCUGUUACGCUGCUAUGGCUGGAAGUAAGGAAAUUGCUCAGGCAAUGCUGAAAAAGGAUCAAAGUCUUCUGACAAUUCGAGGCGGUAAAGAUAUGACACCACUCUAUUUAGCUACUUUGUUUGGACAAAGGGAAACUGCACUAUUUUUAUACGAUAAAAUGAAAAGGCAUACCGAAGCCCAAGAAGAAUUGAAACGGCAAAGAAAUGCUAUAUUUUACGCAAGCAUCGAUAGUACUUUGUACGGUCUCGCAUUGAAAUUGCUAGAAGAUGAUCAAGAAAAUGAACUAGCUGGAGCUUGCUAUAUGGUUGACAAAACUACGAUGACAGCCUUGCUUCGGUUGGCUCAAACGCCCUUGCAUUUGCUGGACCAAACUAUCAAAGAUGAAGAAACAGGCCUAGAUUUAUCAGAUCAAGCUGUUAAGUUAGUGGAAAAUCUUUGGGAAAAAAUAUUAAAAAAAGAUGAGAAAGUUUGGGAUUACUUCUAUAGGAAUAAAAGUUUACUCUUUGAUGCAGCUCGUUUGGGUAACUAUAAAUUUUUAGCUGAACUCAUUCGCCUUUUUCCUGAUUUGGUUCAUCUUAAAGAUGAAAAUAAGCGAACUAUAUUUCAUAUUGCUAUUAUACACCGUCAUACCAAUGUAUUUGAUCUGAUAUAUGAGAUUGGUUUCAACAAGCAACUUGUUGCAAGCUAUAAGGAUUUUGAAGAAAAUAGCAUAUUACAUCUAGCGGCAAAAUAUCCAGAUACAAAACAAGCAAGCAGUGUGCCUGGCGCAGCUUUUGAAAUGCAGCAAGAGUUGAUAAUCUUUAAGGAGUUCGAGCCCACGAAAGUUGAGUUACUGGAAGAUGACAAGAUUUUGUUGUUAGAGUUUUUGAGAACCUACCAGUUGGGAUGGGUGUUUUGGCUAUUGGAUUUGAGGGAAUGUUAA